AGCGAAGUGAAGUACAGCUGUGUGUCUGACAGCGACUGCCAGAGGCCCGUCCCUACCACAGGAGGCGGAAUCCUGACUGGCCGGUGUGUGAACUACAACAGGAGCCUGCGGACCUGUGAGAUCCAGGGCUGGUGCCCGGCUGAGGUGGACACCGUCCAGGCGCCCAUCAUGCUGGAGGCAGAGAAUUUCACCCUCUUCAUUAAGAACAGCAUCCGCUUCCCGCUCUUUGACUUUGAGAAGGGUAACCUGCUGCCCAACCUCACGGCCCAGGACAUCCAGACGUGCCGCUUCCACCCAGUCACCCAGCCCUUCUGCCCCAUCCUGCGCCUGGGCGACAUCGUCCGCUUUGCCGACCAGGAUUUUUCCAAGCUGGCCUCCACGGGAGGAAUUCUGGGGAUCAAGAUCGGGUGGUUGUGUGACCUGGAUCGCUCGUGGGAGCACUGCGUGCCCAGCUACACCUUCACCCGCCUCGACAGCGUCUCCGAGAAGAACAAUGUCUCUCCCGGCUACAACUUCAGGUAUGCCAAGUACUACAGGCGGGAGAACGGCACUGAGUACCGGACCCUGAUGAAGGCUUUCGGCAUCCGUUUUGAUGUGCUAGUCUACGGGAAUGCUGGGAAAUUCAACAUCAUCCCAACCCUGAUCAACACCGUGGCAGCCUUCACCUCCGUCGGGGUGGGCACUGUGCUGUGUGACAUCAUCCUCCUCAACUUCCUGAAGGGCGCAGAGCAGUACAAGGCAAAGAAGUUCGAAGAGGUGACGGAGGUGACCCUGCGCCACAGCCCCGUGUACAGGAGCAGCCAGAUGCUGGGAGGCCGGAACGAUGAAAAGCAAUCCACCGACUCGGGGGCCUACUCCAUCGGCCUCUAGUGCCCCUGCCCCUGGCGACUGGACAGUUUCCUACCCGCCCUCUGUUGCCGCAGGCACCUCACCCCUGCUCAUAGGCAAGGGCAUCUUUUGUACACUCCCCUCCUGUGAGCCUCUGCUUCUUCCAUCUUCCUCAUCACCGGCCAGAGUCUUCCUCAUGGGCCCCCUCGCCAAGGGGGCGGAAAUCUCUCCUCCGGCACGUCCUCAUGAAAGCACUGCCAUCUCCCUCAGGAAGCAUGUACCAUUCCCUCCCCAUCGAACCUGGGCAGUGCCAGGGAGCAGGCACGGCAGACAGGGGCCAGCUUGGCUGCUGCUGGUACCGGCGCCACUCAGUUACCAGCAUGCCUGGCGCUGUACAAGAAAUGGGCAGCACUCCUCACCCUGGGGAGCGUGUGCUCCUCAGCAGGGGGCGCUCUCUCUGGGUUUGGCUGGGUGCUGAGAGCUCGGGAGGGCGCCCUUGGGACUGAGGGGUGGAUGGGAUUGGUUCCCUUGUCCCAGCAGGGGGCGCUCUCUCCAGCUCAGGCGCUCUCUCCAGCACUGAGAGAGGCACCCCAACGGUAGGAGUGUGGGGUCUCCUUUCGCCAGCAGGGGCUGCUCUCCCCACCUUUGCCCCUAUUUCCAUCCUGGCAGAUUCCCAGAUUCCGGAGUGGGGAGGAGGAAGCAGUCCUGGAUGGGACGGGGCAUCUGGGCCCAGGGAUGUGCUAUUCCCCCCCUCCAGUGCUGACUC